AUGCCAGGAGAGGUUAAUCUGGCAAGUCAGAGACGCUUGACAUUUAAAGUAGAGUUCGGAGUACCACUGAGGAAUGCGUUCACUGGACAUGAUUUUGAAGUAUUAGUCAAUGAAGCAGUACGAUUGAUACUAGGGCAGGCUGCGCCAAAUUAUUCGUUGGGUCCGUUUAACGAGAUUGAACGGAAAGGAUCUGUAGUUGUUCAAGCAUCGGAUGUGAAUCUUAUUUGGGCAGCACUUUCACUGUAUGGACGCUUUUUUGGCAAACCCAUCGCUUUGCACUUUAAUUCGUGCAAGCGCAGUAAAAUGGAUAUCUAUUUCUGCAUAUCAUGCGUCACAUUUGCUGUAAUUUUUAUUUAUGGACUACUGUUGAUCUUAGUUUACUUUUCAUUACCACGAAAAAAGCCAUUGUCAUUUGAAGGGAAGCAUGCAUUCAUCACAGGUGGAUCGAAAGGAAUUGGAAAGGCAAUCGCCAGAGCCUUAAUACGGCGCGGUUGUUCUGUUUCUUUGGCUGCGCGGAAUGUGAAACACUUAGAAUUGGUGUGUAAAGAAUUGAAUGCACUUGCAAAAAGCAAGAAAAAUGGUGCAGUUGCAAAAUAUUACAGUGUUGACGUCACUUCAUCCUAUAGUGUGCUGAAAGCAGUGGUAGAAGAAGCAGAAAAUGAACUUGGUGUUAUCAAUAUUUUGGUGAAUAACGCUGGGUACGCUCUGCAAGGCGCUUUUGAUUCGAUUGACAUAUCAGUAUAUGAGGAACAAAUGUGUUUGAAUUUCUUGAGCGCGGUUUAUAUGACUAAAGCAGUAGUAUCCAAAAUGAAAAAGUUGCGAGACGGUCAAAUCAUUUUUGUGAAUUCUGCAGCGGGUCAAUGUUCAAUUUGGGGAUAUACUGCUUACGGAGCAACAAAAUUCGCAAUGCGUGGUUUUGCUGAAGCGUUGCAUAUGGAGCUGCUUCCAUACAACGUUCAAGUUUCGGUAGUCUAUCCUCCAAAUACAAAUACCGAGGGCUACCAGCGUGAAAUAUUGACAAUGCCAGAAGAAUUGAAAGAAAUCAGUGGUACCGCGGGACUGUUUGAGCCAGAAACAAUUGCUGAAUGCCUCAUUUAUAAUCUUUCUCGUGGUAAUUAUCAUACAUGUAUUGGUUUCGAAGGAUGGGCACUUGGAGUAUUGUCAGCGGGUGGUGCGCCGGAGAAAAGCUUUUUGCAGGCUGUUGCACAGGUGCUCUUUGGUGGUUUGCUGCGGGCGGUCAUGCUCAUUUACAUCGGACAUUUUAAUUGGAUAGUGGAAAAAUGUAGGCUUAAACGAUGA